CAAGUUGAACGAGUGUUUCCUUUGUCGUUUCAGGUUAUUGCGACGGUGAAAACGAAAUUAAACACUUCUCUUAUAUACCAACGGGUUUUGUGUCGUCGUUUGAAACUUUGCUGGACCGCAGUGUCGGUGUUUUUAAGCCAGGAGGAGGACGUUCAGGGUUUGACAGAUUUGGCUAAUUGCACUGACUGCAGCUGUACCGUUUUGAGAAACCAUGUCUGAUUUAAUCCUGGUACUCCUAAUUGUCGUGCUCCUGGUGUGUUUGCUUGUGACAGUGGGGGGCUUCCUGCUGUUCUCGGGGCUCUUGUCUGACGUGGUUAUAAAGACUGGGCCACCUCCUGUCAGAAAUGUUACCAUUGCUUAUAAGUUCAAAGAGGGAUCAUACAAGGAUUGCGGUGCAGCCUAUACAGAGAGCUGCAGCAUUGGGCCAAAGCUGAGCACCAUCGGUGUCUUCUACGAUGACCCCAAGCAGACACCACCAGAGAAGUGUCGCUCUGUCGUGGGCAGUGUCCUGUGUGAGGGUGAGGAGAAGCCUGACGAAGAGCUGCAGAAGCUGUAUGAGAAGUUUGGCUUCAAGGUGUUUUCUCUGCCUGAAGUGAGCCAUGCAGUGACCACCACCUUCCCCUGCACCAGCCCUCUGUCUCACAUACUGGGACCUUACAGAGUCUACCCCAGGCUCGCUUCCUACAUUGAGGAGAGGAAGCUGUGUGCAUUCCCAACCAUUGAGAUCUGUAGCACAGAUGUCAUCAAGUAUAUGGUUCCACUAUCUCGCCAGACGGACUUCUUUGUUCCAGAGAUGAAGGAAGAGGUCAAAACAGAUGUGAAAGAAGAGGAUUCUGAUGAAGACAGAGGGACCGAUAUUACAGGUGCAGACUCCCACAGUGAUGUGAGCUCAGUGAGUGGCGGCGCACCCUGGGACAGCAGAGAGACAUCCCUGGCUGCUUCCACAGCCGCUUCCCUGGCCUCCUCCCUGCCACUGAGGGACAUAAUGGAUGCAAACGAAGACAUUAAGCACAGGGACCACAGCGACAGAGGCUCAAAUGAGUCUAUGGGCAGCGGCUCUUCCUUUGAAGAGCUUGACAUGGAUCAGGAGGAGCAGGAGCAGGCGGAGGGUGGAGAGAGGGAGGAGAAGGAAGAUGGAGAAGAGGAGGAGGUCCCUGAGGGUGAAGAUGGAGCAAAAGAAGCAGUUGAACUGGUGGCUGAGAAGAAGGAGCCCUCAGGGGGUGGAGAGGAGUAGGGAGGAUGCUUGAGAGAUAAGGGAUGUAGCCAUGUAACAUUGGCAUACUAGAGAGUUUCUCUUUAUUGCUGUUGCUGGUUAUCUGUCAUGUAAUCUUGUUGGUGGAUGUUAAGCUGAUCAUGCCAUAACCAACAUGCCAUAUUUCUACGCCUUCUAGUUCUCUUUUUGAAGCCUGUACCUUUUGUUAUACUUUAAUCUCAGUUUUUAAAAAUAAAUCCUGAUCCUAUAUUUAAACUAUAUCAGGAUGAAACAAGCGAAGACCCUAUAGGGUAAAGUCCUUUUGAGUAAAUCUGAUAUUCUCUGUUCGUGGUGGGCUGCAAAUGAGAGUCAAGAUUUGUUUAAUUCCCUAUUUCAUUUCAAACUGUAAUCUUGUUUGACCCACCACCAUUCAUGUUCAGAUUAUGUGUCUGUUUAAGAUUAACAUCAAUGGACAAACACUGACACCAGCAGCCCUUGAUCUUCAUACAGAGUAUUUUUGCCCAUGUGCAACAGUUGAUAUUGUUCCUCACUUACAUUGUGUUUGUGUGUAAUUCCUGACUUUGAUGUCUUGAUAUAAAGUAAUAAUUGGGUGAAAAUGUGCAGGAGCUAAUGUUACAGAAAUGUUGAUGGACCUAAGUUGUUGUUUUAUUAAUUUUUACCAAGAUGAAGGAUAUCUAUCAAAUAAGGGGAAUUCUGAAAUCCAAGCAGAGAAAAAAAACCCUGCAUCAACGCCACCCAAAUCUCCAAGUCACCAUGACAAGGAUUUAUGAUGCAAUUCAAAGAUGUUAACUUUUCCCCCCCUUGGAUACUGUACAGAUAA